AUGAGAAAAGUUUUUACGAAAAUUGAUAAAUAUAAACAAAACUCAUUGAAUAUUAAUAAUAAUAAUUUAUUAUGGACCAGUGUUUAUAAACAAAGUGCAUCUUCAGCAGCGGUUCGACAUGAUUCUUUACAAAAUUUAACGAAAGUUCAAGCACAAGAAUUAGCGUUACGUUUAACGAACGAAGAACGACAGUUACUUUUAAAUGCGUUACAAGAGUAUCAAUCGAAAAUUAUUAAAGAUGAAUAUGAAGGUCAAUUGGCAGCAUCACGUUGGAGAAGUAAAUUUGGUAGACCAAGUAAAUUACCCACUUUAGGUGAUGUGGAUCCUACUGGGACAUUUUGUCCUAUGCCAGAAGAUUGGUUAUUACGGAAGUAUGCCGAAAAAGUUCCAAAACCCAGCACUAAAGAUUUAUGGAGUUUGGCAAUCACCAAUGCUAUCCCAUUUAUCGGAUUUGGUUUCCUAGACAAUUUUGUUAUGUUACUUGCGGGUGAUUACAUAGAUUAUCAUCUGAAUUCAUUUUUGGUAAUAUCUACAAUGGGAGCAGCUGCAUUAGGUAAUACUUUCUCAGAUGUGCUUGGUAUUGGAUCCGCAUAUUAUGUGGAACGGGCAGCGAAUAAAAUUGGAUUUAAACCACCGAAUUUAACACCAAUUCAAUUAGAUAUGAGAAGUUCAAGAUGGGCAGCAAAUCUGGGACGUGUAAUUGGUGUAACAAUUGGUUGUUUCUUGGGUAUGAUACCAUUACUAUUCUCUUCACCGAAAGAGGUAGAAACAACAGAAACAACAUCUAUGACUUCAGCUGUGUGCUAAUUAAUCGUCCAUGUCUAUACAGAGUUAAGCGUUUGAUGAGAUUUAAGUGUAUAUAAAAUUACUAAUUAUUAUUUUAAUUUUUAAAAUACACUUGUUCC